ACAAUUUCCAUCCAUAUUUCAAUCUCCUAACCAAAUUUCACUCUCUUCUCUACAAAAACGCUUCAAUCAUGGCCGGAGGAAAGUCCAAGAGCAAGGCCUCCAAGAAGAAGGGCAACGUCGAAACAACGUCCUCUGCGCCCCAGCCGUUUCCGUACCUGGACGGAUCCUUCUUGGAGUUCGGGUCGGAAGAGGAACUCACACGCUUCAUCACCUACUUCGCCAAGCGUCCCAUCUCACCGCCAAGGGUGCUGCCCGAGCUGUUCCCUCAACAGAAGGGAUACUAUGACCUUGACAAUCAACUCAAGGAGUCGGGUUUGUGGCCCUUUGUCUCCAGGAAUCGCACCG